GUGUUUCGUGCAACACAAUCGAAAUUUGAGAUGCUCAAUAAAAUUAUCAUCCAAAAGUAAUCACUUCCCAUGUUGUGUAGUCUACAGUUGUUUCAAUCCGUCCAUUUUGGUGGAAUUUACAGUUUGAGAUUGCGGAGACCUGGCAUUGUUGGCGGUGGAGUUCAUCUGAGAUCGUUAAGUGAAGAAAACAAUGAUCUGGGUGGUGACCAAGGUGAGGUUUUAGGCCUGGAUUUGGAGUCUCUGAAGAUUUUGUUGAAGCGAGGAGUCUUUAUUGGGGCAAUGCUUUAUUGUCUUUUGGUUUUCGUGUGCAAGAGAGUGCUCGCGAUGGAGGGAGUGGUGAAUGCAGGGUACGUAGUGAUUGAGCAAUGGGCAUUGUUGUUGAGGAAUGCGUGGCCUAAGGUUUCUAUGGUUCUUAAGAUUUUCAAAGAGCAAGGUGUGAUUUUGACUACACUUUUAGGUCUAUCUGCAUUAUUCUCAAUGCCAGAAAGUUCUAUAACUACACUUUGGCCAUGGAAGAUGGUAAACUUAGAAGAUGUGGUUGAGGAGAUUAUUGGAGAAAUCUUUGAUGAAAAUGAUUCAAAGAAGGAGAUCCAGAAGAAAAUUGGCUAUAUUGUAAUGAGAGUAGAGGGAGUAUAUGAUGUUGAUGCCAAUUCAUCUAUUUAUUUGCCAUCUGAGGACUUGAAUAUCAAAAUGCCAGAGGAACAUCAGUAUGAGACAGUAUCUGGUUUUUUAUGCGAAGGAUUUGGAUACAUCCCUAGAGCUAGUGAGAGCAUCAUAGUUGUCCUCAAAAGGGAUAAUCAAGAUGAUGAUGAUGAUAAGCACGAUGAAGAUGGAUCCAAUCAUCGAGAUGUGAAGGCAUCAAAUAUAUAGACUUGAGGUAGGGUAAAAGUCCAACCCAGAGUCCCCAACGUUCAGCCUCUUCCCGCACAUCUCCGCCAGUGUAGUCUUAUGCCGGAUUUCAUCGGAGUUA